AUGGCCGAGGCCCGCUUACCGCUUCGUUACCGGGACUAUUGCGCGCAUCUGUUGAUUCCGCUGAACAAAUGCCGUCACCGCACAAUCACAACCGCCCCCACUCAGACCACAAGCUCUCUGCACUCGCUCAGCGAAGACGAGCAAAUGAUGAAAGACGCCGUCAGCCGCUUCGCACGCGAAACCGUCCAGCCCCUCGUCUCCCAAAUGGACGAGGCCGAGCAAAUGGAGCCCUCAAUUAUCAAAGGCCUCUUCGAAGCCGGCCUUAUGAGCGUCGAGACUCCGGCUAAAUACGGCGGCUCCGAAGCGUCCUUCACCUCGGCCAUUCUCGUCAUCGAAGAGCUCGCCAAAGUCGACCCCUCCGUCAGUGUCCUCUGCGACGUCCACAACACGCUCGUCAACACUGUUUUCCGCACGUAUGCCGGCCAGCACCUGAAGGACAAGUACCUUCCGAUGCUUUCCGAGGACAAGCUCGGCUGCUUCUGCCUUUCCGAGGCUGCCUCCGGCUCCGACGCCUUUGCCCUGCAGACCCGCGCUGUGAAGGACGGCGACCACUACGUGCUGAACGGCGCCAAGAUGUGGAUCACCAACUCGGCCGAGGCCGACAUCUUCCUGGUCUUUGCCACCGUCGACCCCAGCCUCGGCUAUAAGGGCAUCACGUGCUUUGUUGUCGAGCGCGACAUGGGCGUGCAGAUCGCCAAGAAGGAGCGCAAGCUGGGCAUUCGUGCCUCGUCCACAUGCCAGCUGUCCUUCGACGACGUGCGCGUGCCGGCGGCCAACGUCCUGGGCGAGGUCGGGAAGGGAUACAAGAUUGCCAUUGAGAUCUUGAAUGAGGGCCGCAUUGGCAUUGCCGCGCAGAUGCUGGGCUUGGCCCAGGGCGCCUUCGACUGCGCCUUGCCGUACCUCUUCCAGCGCAAGCAGUUCGGCUCGUACAUUGGCGACUUCCAGGGCAUGCAGCACCAGUACGCGCAGAUCGCCGUCGACAUCGAGGCCGCGCGCCUGCUGACCUACAACGCUGCGCGCUUGAAGGAGGAGGGCAAGCCGUUCGCCAAGGAGGCCGCCAUGGCCAAGCUGUACGCGUCGCAGGUCGCCGAGCGCGCGUCGUCGCGCGCCGUCGAGUGGCUGGGAGGCGUCGGCUUCACCCGCGAUUUCCCCGCAGAGAAGUUCUACCGCGACUGCAAGAUCGGCGCCAUCUACGAGGGCACCAGCAACAUCCAGCUGCAGACCAUCGCCAAGUUCCUGUCCAAGGAGUACAAGGCCUAA